UUCUCUGCUGUGUUUCCAUGGGCAGCAUCCAUUGUUAAGCCAGGAGCAGUCACCUUUUUUUUAAAUGAAGCAGCUCCGUCUGCUAUUUGAGUAGUUUACAAUAUGAAGGUAAAUCCUUUAAAUGGACCACAGCAAUAGGUCUUGGCAGUAACUGGCUGGUUGUCUUCUACAAGUAUAAUCAAAGGCUCAGCACUGCAGAAUCUUGAAAAACGGAGCUGCUAUACAUCCAGGGUAACACAUCAAAAGCUGGCGGGAAAGCACAAGUUGGCUACAAGCGUGCUCUCAGAAGCUGCUGAAGGACAUCAGCGAUGUCGAAGAGAUCUGGAACGGUGGGGAACACGAACUUGUACAAGUACUGAUAUGCCGUGCAAGUGUCAGGCGUGUCUAUGUGACUCAGUGGUGGCUGUAGAGACAGUGUAGAAUGAGAGUAUGCAAGCAAGGAACUGGAAUCGGCACAUAGCUGUACAGUCAUGUACUUCACUAUCAUGCUGCUGCAUGCAAACCUGUCAAACGUGUCAGAUUUGGAGGCCAUCAUACAUCCAUGACACUCGACUUGACAGCCACCUGUACCGUCACCACACUUCUAUUGCCUUACAUGGACAUUAUACAUUCUCGUCAAUGUCGUGGUUGUAAGCACGGAAGCUGCGAACUCACGCAGAGCUGCGCAAAAUGGACGAGGAUGCGCUCUUCAACCGCAGUGAGGGGAAGCAGAUUUUCAUGCAGGACUUGCUGUCCCUGGAAAACUUGAAUCACCUGCAAGAGGUGUUCGAUAGUAAGCUACUUGCGCGGAUUGAAGAGCUGUUCAGAGAUGAAGUGGCAAUAAUGGAUGAACUUGGUAAGGACUCUGGGAAUCCUAAAUCAUCUCUGUCCGAAGUGGACAUUCGCCGGUACUUUGAGAGGGCACGUGAAGAAGCUGGCCUGACGAUGGAUGAACUGAAAGAAGUGCUGAUGGAGGAUCUUGGGCUGAGCUCCAAACUUGACCACUACCUGACGGUGGCCUUCAUGAAAGUGGACACGAAUUGCAAUGGCCGGAUCGACUGGGAUGAGUUCUGCAUGUACGUGGCAUCAGAGAUGGAACGCAAGGAUGACUUUUACAGCAAGCAACAGUUCUGUGCGCUAACACCGGCGGCAUUUGCCGAGGGCUUCCACGCGGAGAGGACCGUGCGUAUCCUGGCACCGAGGAUUGGCGAGUUCCACAGCAUAUCAGGAGACGGCGUGCUCUGCCUCUGGCAGAUCCAGAACGGCCAGCUUAACCUGGCCAAGACCAUGGAGCCAUUUUCCCUGUGCAAAGACUCGAAGCCCGACCAGCAGAACCUGAGAAUCUACAACAGAGACGAGGCAGCGGAGGAAAAGUCAAUAUGGGUCAUCGACAUGGCUUACCUACCCACCCUGGACAAGUUCAUUUUGAUCACUUCGGAGCGUGACGUCUGCUUCUUUGAUGGAUCCACUAUGGAGCUGCAAGGUCGAAUAACAGGAUUUCAAGCUGUGGCUACGUGUCUGUGCGUGUACCUCAAGCCAGGAAUACCAGUAUUGACAAUGUUGAUUGGAGACCGACUGGGCUGCGUCAGUAUCCUACUCUUUCCACACAUUGCAAACACACUCGCCAAAUGGAGAAUCCCACGCAAGCUGGGCAGACUGCCCGAGAGCAUCCACAUCAAGAAGGCUAUGGCUGGAGGACAUGUGAAGUUCUCUCGUUGGAAGUUCCAUGAUGACUGGUCAAUGAAUGUUGGCUAUGUACACAGCACGGGUCAUGUCAUUUCUGUCAGCUGUGACAAGAAUGCCUCACUGGUGAUGGUGAAUUUUGAACGGAUCACUAAUAUGAAGCUUUUAGCUGAACUGGAUGACAUCCCACAUCUUAAACUGCCCAGAGGGAAGGCUCCAGUUCCGCUCUCCCACCCAAUUGCCAGGAACAAGAUCAUCAUUGAGAUUGAGCAGGGUGUGAUGUCAUUCGACUUUUCUCUGGAGCGCAACAGCUUCAUUGCGACUGGAGGUCUGGAUCGGGUAAUCCGCCUCUGGGACAUCCAUCGGGCUGCACGCCCCGCGAUGGUGUUGAAGGGGCAUGACAGCGCCGUGCUCUAUCUCAAGUUCAACGAGUCUGAGCAGCACUUGCUUAGUAUGUCUUCGGACAUGGCAAUCAGAGUGUGGGAGGUGCACGAAGGUUCACUGCUUCUCACUGUGCGGCAAGGCGAGCAUCGCAUCUACAACGACCUGACGGCGGUCAAUUAUCACGAGUAUGAUCGGUGUGUAGCGAUUGCCAGUGGUACUGGCCUGGCCAUGCUGCCGUUGUCAGACCGAGACUUCCUGCACUUGCCACAUAACAGCCACGAGCGUCCAGUCAAAUGCAUCAAGUACAAUCUGAAAUUUGCACAGGUGAUCACCGGAUGUGAAGGCUCCACCAUUGCUGUUUGGGACCUGUAUUCCGGUGUAAGACAGACAGAACUGAAGAAUGCACACAGCGGCCUGUCGCUUACGGCCAUGGCUUUGGACGAGGCCAACAGUCUGCUAUUCACAGCGGCUAGGGAUGGUCAAGUCAAGAUGUGGAAUUACCACUGCUCCAAACACCUGGCCACCAUGGAACUACACGAACGAGACAAGUCCCAAGAGAAAAGCAGGAAACGCGAAGACAGUGAACAUGACUUCAUUGACGAAGUCAACGCACUGGCUCUUUCCCGGAUCAACGUGGGUUUGAAACUCGUUUCGGUCGGCUUCAACCCUCACAUAAACAUUCACUCGGACCUACGCAAGGGUGAAGGAAUCCCUCGACUGCCUGAAGAAAUGUGGAAAGAUGACAAAUUGAAUAAGGGGCACACAACGGAGAUAUCAAGUGUCACAGCAGGAUCAAACUACCUGAUAGCUACCGGUGGGUAUGACGGCAGCGUUUGCAUCUGGAACAUCCUUUCCGGCCAGCUGUACGCCAAGCACAGCAUUGCCGACACUCUCGGCAUCGACGAGAGCAUCCACGAGUUUGCCAAGGGCACGCUGGCAGUGACGGGCAUGACCUUUCUGAACACGCGCCUGCACGCAGAGAACAAGGCAGAUGCAGUACCAGCACCAGCAUCAUUGGUAACCUGCGGUAUGGGUGGUGGUGUGCUAUUCUGGAACAUACGCAAUGGAUUCUGGGACGCCUUCAUGGCACCGCGUAUUCAUGGAGUGGUGAGGAGGAUUGCGUGCCCUGACAAUGACAAGUUCCUGGUGACAUGUAGCUCACAUGGCUACGUCGGUAUCUGGGACAUCACUCGCUUCGGCACGGCUCCACUGCCGCAUGGUGAAGACACGUUUGACGAGAUCAUUGACCCAGAGAUCAUGUGUGAAUGGCAGGCGCAUACAAAGAGCAUCAAUUGUGUAGAACUAAUGGAACACCGUUCCUUGCUCUUGACAGGCUCUGAUGAUACAUCUGUGCGAUUGUGGACACUUGAAGGCGACUUCAUUGGCUCGUUUGGCCAGGAGUGUGCGUGGGCACUCGACCAGCCGGGUACGUUCCAGCAUCCGCGAGGCCCACCGGAUGUGGCCACGUUGGCUUACCUGCAUCCUGGCUGGACAGCCAAACCCAGUGGCUUUCAGCGGUUUGACUCCAUGAUGAGCACUGACAAUGCGGCGGUUGCCGGUGGAAAUGAGAGCACCAAACGUGCAACCAAAACCGACAAAGUUGACCGUGCUAGCACCACAGAUGGUGCGGAUAUCACUGAUGCUGCGGAUAUCACUGAUGGUGUGGACGCCACGAGUGCCACUAACGACACAGACAAUAUAGCUGAAAGCCUCGCCGCCGCGACUGCGAUGGCGAAUGCUGCCAUUGUUGGUGCCGCCGCCCGUACUAACGUUAGCAACGGGCGCGCCGUAAAAGACAGCGUAUUCGACCGUGUUGCCAGUGCAAUGGCAGGUACAGACGGGCUUCUUGAAGGGAAGUCUGUGAAACUCCCCGCUGACAACAGGAAGGCACAAGGUGGACCUCAUGAUAAGCUAUAUAAGCCUACUAUCGGCAAUAUGGAUACGGAAUGGCUGUCUGCAAAAAAGACAAGUUUUGCAGAAGCUCUCGGUGAGUUGGAAGACUUGUCCAGAAAGGAGAAGUUACGGCGAUUCAGACAAACUGACUCCACCGUGAAGGAUACUAUCUGCGAUUUGCUACACCGUGCCCGGGACUGCAAUAGAACUCUGCCGUGCCCGCGCUUUGCCAAGUCUCGUGUUCGGCGUUCGGCCACCGCACACCAAUCAGCCCCAGCUGGUUCUCGACAGACUCCACCGAGCACGGCGACGAGCAAGGUCAAAGAAUCCCAGCAAGCACCAUCUGCAACUGAGCAAAAUGAGAAAAUGAAAAGUAGUCCUGGUCAGCCAGCUGCUGCUGCUGGACAUGGCCUUGUUGGUGGGGGGAGUGUACGUCCUCAGAAUACAGCAGCGGACACAGAACAAGCUAGCGGGAAGAAAGGAAAACCACACGACCAAGUAGGAAAGGAGAGGAAAAGCAGAUCAAUCGUCAACACUAUUUCUUGGCCAAGUCUACCUAGCCAAGUUGACAGUGGACUCACCGGCAUGCAGGGCAAGGCGGCUGGUGGAAAGCCGAUAUCUCGGCAGAAACAUCUGCUGGAUCGCCACAAAUCAUUUGCGCACAAACCAUUUGACGAUACGCUCUACAUGAAUGGUUUUCUGAGAACACCAGGACCGAUGGUCAGUGUUCCCGGACCGCAGGUGCGUCACGUGAUUGCCCAGCAGCAAAUGAAGAGGAAGCCUGCGGCUGCCGUGUUUGAUUCCACGUACAACAAACUAAAUGUGUACGAGCUGAAGGAUAUGACGCUGCCAGUGAAUGCCAUACACUCCUUCUUCAGCAGGAAGUUGUCAAAAGAAACUCUUCAAAAGUUGCAACGGAGGAACCACCGGAGGCAGGGCGAGAACGGUGCUGUGAAGUUGCCCAAGAUCUAGCUCGACAGGGAUCGAGGACAGGCAAAUUCAGUACUUUCGGGUGCAUGCUGCAUUCCUGGGCUGGGCAUGGCUCAUCAGUUGUUGUCACGUCUUUCAAUGUACAGUACACAAUGUACAGUACACAAUGUACGGUACACCUGUUUUAGUCUCCGCAUAUCCGCCGUGAAUGCUUCAUACUAUACUGCCACCAUGCCAUCAGCUGCGAUGAUUAGCCACGUGCCCUGAGGUAGGAACACACUGACACUGUACACUGUAGCCAAGCAAGAUAACUACUAAUACUAUGCACAUAACUAUUUAGAUUAGUAAUUCAAAAAUGGUUCUAUCAUAGGCGUGACUGAUGUAGCGAUGGGAAUUUUGCCAUUAUCACAGGCCUGCAUGUCUGAAGCUCGCUGUGAACUUUAUCAUAACUCAGAGCUUAUGUACAAGACAUUACUCAUGAGAAAGGCAUUCAUCGAA